UAACAAGUUGUUAUACUCUUGCAGAGAACAUGAAGAUGUUGAUAUUUAAAAAUAUAAACAAAAUUUCUCUGAUCAACUUACGAUUAUAUAGUUCUAAAGUAAAAUUAAAUGAUGUCGUUAUAGUUAGUGCAACUAGAACACCUAUGGGAUCAUUUCUUGGAGCAUUAUCAAGCCUAUCUGCACCAAAACUUGGUGCUAUAGCUAUACAAGCAGCAAUUGAACGUGCUGGCAUUUCUAAAGAUAAAAUUACCGAAGUGUAUAUGGGAAAUGUUUGUCAAGCUUUUGUGGGUCAAGCACCAGCAAGACAAGCUACGCUAUUUGCAGGUUUUCCUACAUCAACAAUAUGUACAACAGUUAACAAAGUUUGUGCUAGUGGUAUGAAAAGUAUUAUUCUUGCUUUUCAAUCAUUACAAUGUGGGCAUCAAGAGAUUGCUCUUGCUGGUGGUAUGGAGUCAAUGUCUAAUGUACCAUUUUAUCUUCCACGAGGGGGAGUUAAAUAUGGUGGUACAAAACUUGAGGAUGGUAUUGUAUUUGAUGGCUUAACUGAUGUUUAUAAUAAAUUUCAUAUGGGAAAUUGUGCAGAAAAUACUGCUAAAAAAUUAAAUAUUACUCGCCAUGAGCAAGAUCAAUAUGCUAUUAAUAGUUACAAACGCAGUGCAGCAGCAUAUGCAAAUAAAGCAUUCCAAGAUGAACUUGUUUCUGUUACUGUGCCUCGAAAAAAAGGCAGUGAUAUAAUAUUUAAUGAGGAUGAAGAAUAUAAGAAAGUCGAGUUUACUAAAUUUGAUAAACUAAAUACAGUCUUUCAGAAAGAGAAUGGUACUGUAACUGCAGGAAAUGCAUCAACUUUAAAUGAUGGGGCUGCUGCAUUAAUAUUAACAACUACUACUGUUGCAGAAAAAAUGAAUUUAAAACCUUUAGCACGAAUUAUUGCAUUUCAAGAUGCUGCAACUGAUCCCAUUGAUUUUCCUAUUGCACCAUCUUUUAGUAUUUCCAAAUUACUAGAAAAUGCUGAUAUCAAUAAGAAUGAUAUUGCUCUUUGGGAAAUUAAUGAAGCUUUUAGCGUAGUUGUAGUUGCAAAUCAAAAACUACUUGAUCUUGAUUCUAAUAAAGUAAAUAUUCAUGGUGGUGCUGUGUCUCUUGGUCAUCCGAUUGGUAUGUCCGGUGCUCGUAUUGUAGUACAUUUGGUACAUGCUUUAAAAGCUGGGGAAAAGGGUAUUGCAUCUAUUUGCAAUGGAGGCGGUGGUGCUUCAUCAAUUCUACUUGAAAAAUUGUAA